UCCGUGGAAUAUAUUUUAUUUUUUCUACCUUUGCUUAGUGAAAUAAAUGAGUGGAUUAAUAGAUAAUUACACAUGUGUGUGUUAAUCAAUUGUAUAUUUAUGUUUUCCCAAAAAAAAAAGCUAGUGAAAAACCACAAAAACUUACACAUUCUUACCAAACAUCAACAACAAUUAUAACAAUACAUACACAUCAACACACACCAGUGCACAUACGCUUCGCAACGCCGUAACUGAGUUGGUCGGUUAGUUGUUGGGUGACAUUCGCUUGCGCGCAACGAGCUAUUGAUGUUUUAGUGUUUGGUGGUGGUGCCAAGUGAAGCGUCAAUAUGGGUGAUAUGUUCCGCAGUGAAUCGAUGGCCUUGUGCCAAAUGUUUAUACAACCGGAAGCGGCGUACUCAACGAUGGCCGAGUUGGGUGAAAGUGGUUGUGUGCAAUUUCGUGAUCUGAAUGCCCAAGUCAGUGCCUUCCAACGUAAAUUCGUUUCAGAGGUCAAACGGUGCAGUGAAUUGGAGCGUAAAAUUCGUUAUAUCGAAAAUGAGCUACGCAAAGAUGACAUUAAAAUGCCUGAGGUGUUGGAUGAGCCGCAGCCACCAUAUCCGCGAGAAAUCAUUGACCUGGAAGCGCAGCUGGAGACGAUUGAGACCGAAAUACGUGAACUCUCCAUCAGCAAGGUCAGUUUGAAUGCCAAUCAUCAAGGCUUGAUCGAGUUGGAGCUUGUGCUUGAGAAUGCGAAUGAAUUCUUUUCCGAAACUGAGAUUGUGAAUUUAAGUUCGCGACGCUUCUCGGUUGUUGAGGAGGUGGCACAAAUUGGGCAGCAACGUGGUGAGCUGGGCUUUGUUGCUGGUAUUAUAAGCUUGGAACGUUUCUUCUCAUUCGAGCGCAUAUUGUGGCGCAUCUCAAUGGGCAAUAUCUUCGUUAAACGUAGUGAUCUCAAAGAACAGUUGCUUGAGGCACAAACCGAGAAACUCGAAACAAAGACGAUAUUUGUUGCCUUCUUCCAGGGUGAUCAGCUGAAGCAGCGUAUCAAAAAAGUUUGCGCCGGCUAUCACGCCGCAGUGUACCCAUGUCCAAGUGCAUACGCAGAACGUCAGCGUAUGCUUGAAGAUGUGCGCAUGCGCUUAGCAGAUCUCACUUUGGUGCUCAAUCAGACGGCAGAUCAUCGCAAUCGUGUUUUAGUUGCGGCUGCCAAACAUUUGCCAACCUGGACGAUAAUGGUGAAGAAAAUGAAGGCGAUCUAUCACACGCUUAAUCUUUUCAAUGUGGAUUUGAGUAAUAAGUGUCUGAUUGGUGAGGGUUGGGUGCCGACAUCUGAUUUGCCUGUGGUGCGUGAUGCACUGGCGCGCGGCUCGGCCAAGGUGGAAAGCACAGUCCCCUCAUUUAUGAACAUAAUUGAAACGAAUGAACAGCCGCCGACUUAUAACCGCACGAACAAGUUUACAAGAGGUUUUCAGAACUUGAUUGACGCUUAUGGUCUGGGCUCGUAUCGCGAAGUGAACCCGGCGCUUUACACGUGCAUCACUUUUCCCUUUUUGUUCGCCGUCAUGUUCGGCGAUUUGGGUCACGGACUUAUAGUGCUCUUAGUCGCACUCUAUAUGACUUUCAACGAGCGUAAGUUGAGCGAAAUCAAAAGCGAAAUCUUCAGUAUCUUCUUCUCUGGCCGUUACAUCAUACUGUUUAUGGGUUUCUUCUCCGUCUACACUGGAUUUGUUUACAACGACAUUUUUUCAAAGUCCAUGAACAUCUUCGGCUCGUCAUGGAAGGUGAAUUACAACACCACAACCGCGUUGAAUAAUACGGAGUUGACAUUGAAUCCUUACUACGAUCAGGAUGGCGUUUACCCCUAUGGCAUGGAUCCGGUGUGGAUAUUGGCUGAAAAUAACAUAAUUUUCUUGAACACAUACAAAAUGAAAUUGUCCAUCAUUUUUGGCCUGGCUCACAUGGUUUUCGGUAUCUUCAUGUCCUUCAUUAACUUCGUGCACUUCCGAAAGUAUUCACACAUUUUCUUGGAAUUCGUGCCACAAUUGAUCUUUCUACUGCUGCUCUUCGGCUAUCUAGUGUUCAUGAUGUUCUUUAAAUGGGUCAAGUAUUCGGGUAGGGCCACGGAAGAUGCGCUAAAGCCCGGCUGUGCGCCAUCUAUACUUAUUUUGUUUAUCAAUAUGAUGCUCUUCGGACAUACCGAGCCCAAGGACGGCUGCGAGGAGUACAUGUUCGAGGGUCAGCGAGUUCUACAAAUAGCAUUUGUUGUUUUAGCGGUAUUGUGCAUACCAUGGAUGUUGUUGGGUACUCCAUUGUAUGAGAAACUCAAGCGUAAUAAACGAGCGAUUGCGCAAAAUGGUGAUAUUCACGAUUCGACACUACCUAACGGUACAGCAGUGCAUCAAAAGGUCGGUGACAGUGGUCAUGGUGAUGAAGAAGAGCCACUCAGCGAGGUGUUCAUCAAGCAAGCCAUACACACAAUUGAAUAUGUACUCAGCACAAUCUCGCAUACGGCUUCUUAUUUACGUUUGUGGGCCUUGUCAUUAGCGCAUGCGCAAUUAUCAGAAGUCUUGUGGAUGAUGGUGAUGCGACGUGGUUUUUUGUUGCCUGUGAUCUUUGGCGGUCCCAUAUUGCUUUAUGUUUGUUUCGCUGCUUGGGCAUUCUUUACCCUCGCAAUUCUUGUAGUUAUCGAGGGAUUAUCGGCAUUUCUGCAUACGUUGCGUUUGCAUUGGGUUGAAUUUAUGAGUAAAUUUUACGAGGGUUCAGGCUACGCCUUCCAACCCUUCUCGUUCAAGGCGAUACUGGAGAGUUCCUACGAAGACUAA